AUGGAAGCAGUCAGAGAUCUCUGGUUGCGAUGGAAGAUGUUGAGGUUGCCGUGGCGGAAGAAGUUCCUGAUAGGUCAAGAUCUCCAGGGAAACACUUUCUGGGAAUUCAAAGACACCCUCAACCCUGGUCGAUGGCGGCGUAUAGUGAACACCAACCGCCGAACCCAUUUCUCUGAUGUUCAAAUCUCUCCUCAAUGGCAUCAGUGGCUGCGACAAACCCGCGCAGAUGCCCCGAGUCUACAGGAGCAGGCGGCAGACAUCCAGAGACAAACCUUGUUGAAGCAUAAUGCUCAGCUUGCUGACAAGAGAUGGGCGGAAAAACCAAGAUACAUCGAAACUCCCAACUCUGCCGCCACAAUUCCCUUGCGUGCUGCCCCGGAGAUAGACAGAGCCAGCGCAGAAUUCAUGCCAGGCCAACCUCCUCAGUUACAGAAGACCAGAACUGCCGCUGAGACCGCGGUACAUCCGCCAGAAGCUGACUCUCUCAAGAACACACAAGAGACCGGAGCCAACCCGGGGGCCAACUGGCAGCCCCAACCAUGGUUGCCUGGAUCUGCGAAACGAUGA